AUGGACCGGUCGAUGUCUUUCCAAACAAUGAAGGCCUUUAUCAGGAGAGAAUUCCAGACCUCUAGGUGCAACGAACUGAAAGAUCGAACAAAGGAGAAACAGUGGACAGUGGUACUCUCCGACAUACCCGACUGGCCAAGAAUCGAAGUUGUUGCUGAGUUUAGACGACGUACCAGACGAUUGCUUGGCAAAACAUCUUCACAGAUUGGGAGAGGAAAUGGUGAUGACCCACCUGAUUCGGUGUCCAGCUCUAAAGACAACGACGGAAAGCCAGAGAUACUGGGACGCAAGAAGACAGCUAAUGAACUGCUAUGA